UGCGAGCUGCUGUCGAAAUCAUAGAGAGAAGCCCAGGUCGUUGAGGUCAAGCGCACACCCACAGGCGUCAGAACUCAUAAGGCCAUAGCGUAACGUCAUAACCCAGUUUCAAAAACAAUCCGUCAGCUUUCUCGCUUUUUCUGCGCCCAGCUCUGCUCAGUACCAUCGCCAGCAAAUCACCCCCCUAUCAUCCAAGUUUUGCCAGAUUGUCUCCACAGGGUCUCAUUAAUUAUGAACAGUUUAUAUGGUGGGCGCUAUAAUGUGGUAUCCCACGGUUUUCAAUGGGAAAAUAUCUGUUAAGGGGAGUAUUAUUCGCACUCCCUAUCGUCCUCCUGUAUUCCAGCGCAGGAUUGGUGUGGCGGAGUGCCUAGUAAAAGUCAAAGAAAAUUUCAUAUAUCAGCAGAUAAAUCAUGAUUACUAUGAAGUUGGAAUUGAGGCUCUAUUGAGUUCGGCUGAGUGGAUUUGUUGAAACGAAGAAGAGAGUAUCUGCUGCCGAGUUAAUUUAUCUUUAGGGAAAAUGGGUGUCAAAUUUCUCAAAAUUCCUGUAACGCAAACGGAUUGUUCAAUUCAAAUAUCUGGUUGCAGUCCCUAACUUCUGGCUCAGUGAAUCACCAUUGAACUUUGCUGUGGCCAUAGGGAUUAUUAGACAAGGAUGUCUGGGAGACGAAAAUUUCUGUCGUCUUUUGAGCGACGUCCCAUUCAAUCUCCAGGUAUGAUGCGGCAUGGUCCAUUGCCUGGGUUAGGGCCUCCUCCUGGUCAUCGAUCAUUUGAGGCACUACCACGUCCUGAACUUUUGGAAAAUAAAAUUGCAUAUCAAGCAGCAGAGAUAAAACAGUUGACAGGAGACAAUCAUAGACUGGCAGCUACUCAUGUUGAUUUGAGGCAGGAUCUUUUAGCUGCUGAGGAGGAAGUACAGAGACUCAAGGCACACAUGAGAAGCAUCCAGACUGAGAGUGACAUUCAGAUGCGGGCUUUGCUUGAUAAGAUUGCAAAAAGGGAAGCAGACAUUGAAGCUGGCGAGGGUGUGAAAAAGGAACUGCAAAAGGCUCACAUGGAGGCACAGACCUUGGUUGCAGCACGACAAGAGCUGACCAUUCAAAUUCGGCAGGCCACAGAGGAGUUGCAGAAAGCUCGUCUUGAUGUUGAGAAACUACCGGGUUUGCAUGCUGAACUGGACAGUCUGAGGCGAGAACACCAUAGGCUGCGUUCAACUUUUGAAUACGAAAAGGGUUUAAACAUAGAGGAAGUGGAGCAAAUGAAAGCAAUGGAGAAGAAUCUAAUUGGGAUGGCAAGAGAAGUAGAAAGGUUGCGUGACGAGGUCUCAAAUGCAGAGAAGAGAGCCCAUGCACCAAACGCACGUGCUGGCGGUUACACAAAUCCAGAUUCUUAUUACCCAGCUAACAUGCAAGGUGAUGGUGUGUAUUUUGAUGGUUAUGGAAGGCCCUAUGUUUCAACCAGUGUUAGACCACCAGGAGAGGGAACAAUACCAUAUGCCAGCAGCAGCGGCAUAGCUGCAGUUGUCCCAACUGCUGGUGGUGGUGCUAUUUGGGGAGCAGCAUAUGAUCCCUCACUGGACACUGCUGCUGCUGGCGCAGCUGUCUCUAAUGCUGGGCUUGGAUCUGCUCCAAGAGGCUAUGAUUCUACGCUUUCUCGGUAG